CGCCAGCUCACAAGCUGUGGCGGCUGCAGCAUGGCAGGCAGUCAGAUGGAUAGCAGCUUUCUGCCACGUGGCAGUGUGUGACUCUGAGGGUGGUGUGACUAUAGUGAAGGCGAAGGAGGCAGGAAGCAGAGGGCGUGUGAAGGCAGGCAAGAGCGCGCUGGCAUGGUGAGGGGAGGAGGGCAGUGGUAAAAAGGAGGGAGUGUGCUGGUGGCCUUGACUUUCCACCUGCGUGCUGGUGCUCUUGACGUUCCACCUGUGUGCUGGUGCUCUUGACGUUCCACCUGUGUGGUGGUGCUCUUGACGUUCCACCUGCGUGCUGGUGCUCUUGACGUUCCACCUGUGUGCUGGUGCUCUUGACGUUCCACCUGUGUGCUGGUGCUCUUGACGUUCCACCUGUGUGCUGGUGCUCUUGACGUUCCACCUGUGUGCUGGUGCUCUUGACGUUCCACCUGUGUGCUGGUGCUCUUGACGUUCCACCUGUGUGCUGGUGCUCUUGACGUUUCCACCUGCGUGCUGGUGCUCUUGACGUUCCACCUGUGUGCUGGUGCUCUUGACGUUCCACCUGUGUGCUGGUGCUCUUGACGUUCCACCUGUGUGCUGGUGCUCUUGACGUUCCACCUGGGUGCUGGUGCUCUUGACUUUCCACCGGCAGAGGGAGCGCGCCGCUGCAGUGCUGUGUGGGGCCAACACUCCCAGGGACGAGGAGUGAGGCACGCAGUGAGGUGGGGGAGGGUGGUGACAUCAUGCCUCUGCUGCACGCCCAUCUGUGGCAUGCCAUGCCACAUGCUCCAUACUCUGCUGACGUCACAGCAUGGCAGGGUGCUGACGUCAUCCUGUUCUCUGCCCUGGCAGCCCUCCUGGCCCUCCUGCUCCCCCCAUCUGCCGUACCGCACCGCCCCACCUCGCCACCCUCUGCCCUCUCCGUGCUGCCAUCUCUCCCACCCACGUCACCGGGCCUCCCAUCAGCCCCUCACCCCGCGCUCCCCCACGCCCUCCUCCCCUCGCUCGCUCGCCUUCUCCAUCCCGCAUCCCCUGCCGGGCUCCGCUGCCUCGCGGCCCGCUGCCUCUCCCUCUGCCGCUCCGUGCCCCUAGCACUCCCGCACUCCCCUGCCGUGCCUGCUGCGUCUGCGCGGCCCUGCGGUGGCUUUACCUCCACAAUCGGUGUGCCCUCUCCUGUUGCUCGCCACAUCCGCUCUGCUCUCUGCUCCUCCGCCUCCCCUUCGCCAUCCUCCUCCCCUGCCAGCACGCACACGCCCUUCACCCCUCGCCUGUCCUGCCCAGCAGGCGCCAGGGCGCACGCGGCCUUCAUCCUCUCCCACCGCUCCUCCUCCCCGCCCUCCUCUGCCCUCUCCCCUCCGCAUGUCCUGGCCCACGGGGCAAUCAUCGCUGCGCGCUGCCCCGCCCUCCUCGCGCCCCUCAAGGUCCCCUCCGCGUCUGCCCGCCCCGCUCCCCCUCGCCCCCUUCCCAGCAGCCCCGCUCCUCCCGUUCCAGGCAAGGUCGAGGGGGCAAGUGGGCACGGACUGGCAGGGGAAGGAGGAGAAGGGCUGGAGAGAGAGGGGGGGAUUGUGAGGGAGGUCCGACUGGGGAAGGGUGUGACUGCUGAGGCGUUCAGUCAGUUGCUGGAGUAUAUUUACACAGGACAGGUGUCACUCUCUCAUUCACCAUCACAGGAUCUGCUGCAGUUGGCUAUGAAGUGCCGAUUGGAUGGGCUCGUUGCGCUGCUUCGCUGUGAUUGGCCAAUUUGGGCCAAGGAUGACGUUAGUGGGUGUGAUCUGACGUCAGCACUUGGUCCCGCUGGAGUGCCUUGGAGCGACGGUGUCGUCUGCGUGCCGUGCCACCGCCAUGCCCCCCGCUGCCACUCUGGUGAGCACCCAGCCAGCCGUGGCAGCAGAGGGGAAGGAGGCCAUGGGGCAUGCGGUGGGCCAGGCACAGGAGACGAGGCAGAGGGGCGGCACGGCGGCAUGUGGCGGUGUGUGCGAGUGGCGGCGCACCGCUGUGUGCUGGCUGCCAGGAGCCAGUACCUGGAGGCCAUGUUCCGCAGCGGCAUGCGCGAGAGCUCGCAGCAGGAGCUGCACCUGCCGCCCCUGCCCCUGCCGGCUCUCAUCGCCCUCCUCCGCUUCCUCUACUCCGCCCACAUCUCCUUCCGCCCCCUCCCCCUCCCCCUCCCCCUCCCCCUCCCCCUCUUCCCCGCUGCCGCGCCAACGCCCUGCAACCCCAUGCAGCCAAGCACACCUGGUGCUGCGAGCAGCUUGGCCGCUCGUUGCAGCACGCCCAUCCCCCUCUCCUCCCUGCGCUUGCCCCCUCUCCCCCUCACCUCUCGCCUCAUCUCAGCCGUCCAUCUCGCCUCGCUCGCUGACCAGUGGAUGCUGCCUGCUCUGCACACUGCCACCCUGUGCUACGUGGCAACACGGCUUCGCGCUACGUGUCACGACACAGCCAUCAGCGGUCAGUGGGUCAGCAGCAGCAUGCAGUACAGUGGUGGCAGCAGCAAUGGCAGCAGCGGCCGCACCUCUGCAUGGAGCCAGGCGCCCUGGGAAGCUAUGGAGGCCGUGGUGCGGGCCGCAUGGGCGGUGGGGCAGUGGGAGGUGGUGGGAGAGGCGGUGCGGUGCAUGGCCCGCUGGUACCCCGCCAUGCGCGACAGCGGCGGGCUGGACGUGCUGCCGGAUGAGGUGCAGGUGGCGCUGAGGGAGGCGUACGUGCAGAUGAAAGUGAAUCCAUAGAGGUGGAGAUGCCUAGGAGCAGAUUGGCAACACAGGAGGGAGGAUCUCACGGUAGAUUCACCAGGAGUCAAGGACAAGGUAUUCCUUUUGUCAAGUGCAUGGGCAGGAAGAGUUAGAUUGGCCUGGAGUUUGGGCUUCCUGCCCUGGCAGGAAGGGCUGGCGAUGAAGGUGCCACGGCACAGCAUGCUGCAGACUGAUCAUCGACAAUCCCAACGUUACCAGCUUCUAAGACAACCCAAGCAGAGUGUCCUUGUACAGAUGGGAGGGGUGACUGUUGUUCAUUUGCAUGCCAGGCAGAACAGCACAGGCUCCGUUAUUUUCAGGGCAGUACAUCAAUGCCUGGCUCGAUUGCGUAAAGCGUGUGGAUGAUGCCGGAUAGCCGGUCUCGCAGUGCAGCAAUUCCACAGCCAGUGGAACAAAAACGUUAUGUACAGCAGGAGGUGCUGUGUCCUGGUGAGCCGCUUGCUCGUCGGGCUUAGGAGCUGACGGUACAGUGUCACGCAUGGUCCUGAGCAGAGUCAUCACUCUCCGUCCUCGCCGUUCAAGCGCUGCUCGCAGGAGGCCCACCGCGUGAGGCGCUCAGCGCCCAGCCCUUGGCUUCUGGCGCUGCGACCAGCAUGGCUGCUGCGUGGCGCUCUGUGGCCGCCGAUCUCCGGCGCUGACUGCGCGCAAGGGAUCUCGCCAGCCCCCGCCGCCACUGCCUCGCGACUGUGACUGUAGCGAGACGCCAUUCUGCUCCCUCUGCGCGACACCCAAUCAUCCCGCAAUUCGUCGCCUUCGCUCUCUCCCUCCCUCAGGAACGACUGUAACCUGGUAACGAACUGUUCGCAGCGGAUCGCAUUGAGUUCGCGCUGAGCGUCCAGCAGCGAGAGGCGGCCUUCCAGCGCGAGUAGAUCGAUAUCCGCGCUGCGCAGAACAGCCCGCGAUUGCCGGGGUGAGACGUACAGGUGUGGUCGGAUGAGCUUACACGACGCCAUUUCGAGUGUAAUUGUUGGACCAGAUUGUGAGUGCACUCCGGAGUCCUGUCUGCACACUAGUAGGGCGGGAAGAAUCUUUAGCGACGCUUGGGGGCUUAGGGAACAACAGUAGACAGUAGGGUGAAGAUCGGCGCCUUUUCUCAAAGGAAAACUGUAUAAUCAUUGACUA